GGCAUACUACUCCAGAGGUCUUACCGGUAUUGCUGCGGUAACUCUGCGCCAAUGGGGGUCCUAACUCUUCUCCUGUCUAGGUGGUGGAAAGUCAGGUUCAGCUAUUUGCUCUCUUUCCCUUAUUCUCUGUGGGGGGCUGGAAGCGAUGAAAGCAACAAGGCUUAACAAGCAUACGGAUGCCAUAUAUCUCGCUACCAUUGGUUUAGAAAACGACCUUCUAAACCGCAUCCGAGGUUCAGUCAAAGAAAGGAACCAACCAGGUGCAACGGCGGCCUUACCAAAUGUCAUGCAAUCGGACAUUGUGUCGGACUUUUCAAACCUUACGCUGGAAGAGUGGCACCAAAGACAGAAGUAUGUGGAUACAGCUAAAGCCGAGCAGACCAAAAACUGGACAAAGCUGCAACUUAACGAGGGCAAGACCCAAGAUUUACACACGAGGACUGGCCCACGCCCAAACUUUGAGCCUGAAGACUGUUGCGUGAUGUGUAAUAAAACGCCAGCCCGGCGAUGUGGGUGCUGUCGCAGCAUAUAUUAUUGUUCAAAAAAUUGCCAAGAAAGCGAGUUUCCUUCCCACAAGUUGCUUUGCAAGAAGUUUGCGACCCAGCCUGGCCAGCCUAUUCUGAUAUGGAUUUUUACUAAGCGCCGAUACGACGAAGAUUCAAGGGAGUGGUGGACAGAUGCACUGGUGCAUUCAUACCUUGGUCCUGGUUCACCGAAUACAGGAAGGUUGCAUGUGGAACACAACGAGGUACGAGAUCGAAACUUAGGGUCUGGUUUCGCUUCAUCUACCCUGCGGAAUGAAGGAUACUGUGUUACUCUGCUGCAUCGCGACGCAUAUCUAAUCGACAAUUCGCCCCCAAAUCAAAGCAUACUGGCUUCUGUAAGAGCCUCAUCCACCACGAGCCCUCCCCACGCAUACAAUGGCCCCAUGGUUGCGAUGCGGCAGAUCCACCCAGAAGACUAUGCCGACAUAAAACCGGCCAAUUUUCGGCAUCUGAUGGACUACCUAGUAAGGUAUGCAAACACGGAUGUCAGAGAAUCUGUUCCAGAUCUGCAGUAUCGGGCUCAUAAGGUUGUUCGGGGCGUGAAGGUUUGCUGCGACGGGGAGAUAAAGCUCCAUGGAUCGGAGCCGUUCGUUACAGUCGACAUAAAUCGCUCAACCCGGAUUUCUCUUUCUGCUAGGCAGCGCGAUUCCAUUUCGCCGAUUUCCGCUCAUCUCGGCAUACCGCUCCUCUUUUGGAAAGACCCCAACCCUGAGUUCCACCAUGACCCUCCCGGAUGGGACGGAAUAUGGUCCGCAAGCAGCAAUCAGAAUGUGGCAUUCAUGAUGAUGGAAACCAACCCUUUAGACUCUUCAUGGGGCUGGGCUCCUCUGUAUUGGAACCAUGAUAUUGGAAAUGUGUGGGUUGCACGUCAAGACGAGCAGGAUCUGGAUGUGCGCGAAGUAGCGAUGAUGUGCCGCUUUGCGAGACAUGAACUCCAACGAAUAUUCAAUAAUGUGAUGAUAUCAGAAGGCUCCACCCUGCUGGAUAAGAAGCGCGUUUUGAGUUUUAUUACACGCGAAAACAUGCGAGCGUUUUGGGAGGAGACCGGUGGUGAUGAGGCUGCCAGUAGCUAUGAACCGUUUGCCUCCUAG